GGUCGAGAGGGGAGGUGAACAAGGUGGUAAUUAAGGAGGAGAAUAAUGAACAGGCUUUUGCACAGAAGAGAGGAUGGUCAUAUAGCAGACAACAGGGGAUAAAAUACAUCUGCUUCUGACUAGCUGUAAACGAUAAGAGAGAAGCAGAGAGACUAUUACUAUUGUGAGUCCUCCUGCAGGAUCACUGUGGCCUUGAGUGAUGAAAAGCACGGAGGAGGAAGCCAGCUUUUUCCCUGAACACGACUGCCAGAGCUCCACUGCACCACCAGCCUCAAGCGAGACUAAAAGCACUGCCAGGGUAACAGCCACUCUGGGGGGAACAGCCUCUGGGUUCACUACUCUCCUGGGAAACAGUGUUGUGCUCUCCACACUCAUCCACAGACAGACAGAAAGCCGAGGAGCAAGUAUCAAGAGCCACAAUGACGGAACCGAAGUCUAAAAAACAAGGAUUUAAAAAGUGUCGGAGUGCCACUUUCAGCAUUGAUGGCUUCAGCUUCACCAUUGUUGCCAAUGAGGCUGGAGACAGCAAGCGUCGUCCACUCGCCCGCUUUACACGCUCUCGCUCCCAAAAUGCCUUAUGCACUCCUGUCACGGCCCAUGCCGGCAUCAGUGAACACAAAGGAAUUCCGUUGGAUCCACGCAGCUCUGAAGAGAUCCUGGCUGAUGAGAUGCCAAUCCCUGAUGCCCCCGACGCCAUGGAGAAGACUGCUAUCAGGUUGCGAUGUCUUGUUAAGCAGCUGGAGAGAGGAGAAGCCUCUGUGGGGGAGCUUAAGAAGAACCUGGAGUAUGCUGCCUCAGUCCUUGAAACUCUAUAUAUUGAGGAAACAAGACGGCUGGUGGAGCCAGAGGAUGAGCUGAGUGAUAUCCAGUCAGACUCGGUGCCAUCGGAGGUCCGUGACUGGCUGGCGUCCACUUUCACCCGGCAGAGAGGUCUGAUGCGCCGUAAUGAAGACAAGCCGCGCUUCCGCAGCAUCGUCCAUGCAGUGCAGGCUGGCAUCUUUGUGGAAAGGAUGUACAGAAGAACUUCAAACAUGGCCGGUCUCAGUUAUCCCCCAAAUGUCAUCACUGUACUCAAGGAUGUGGACAUGUGGUCCUUUGACGUGUUUGCACUGAAUGACGUGAGUGGAGACCAUGCUCUGAAAUUCGUCUUCUAUGAACUCCUCACAAGAUACGACUUAAUCAAUCGGUUCAAGGUCCCUAUUUCUGCUCUCAUAUCUUUUGCGGACUCCUUGGAGGUGGGUUACAGCAAACACAAGAACCCCUACCACAACCUGAUGCAUGCUGCUGAUGUCACACAGACCAUCCAUUACCUGCUUCUCAAGACUGGUAUGGUGCACUGGCUCACUGAGCUGGAGAUCUUUGCGAUCAUUUUUGCAGCUGCCAUCCAUGACUUUGAUCAUACGGGGACCACCAAUAACUUUCACAUUCAGACCAGGUCCAACACAGCCAUGUUGUACAAUGACCGAGCUGUUCUAGAGAACCACCAUGUGAGCGCGGCCUAUCGUCUCCUUCAAGACGAUGAAGAAAUGAACAUCUUCUCUAAUCUUUCUAAAGAUGACUGGAGAGAACUGCGGGCUCUGGUGGUGGAGAUGGUUUUGGCCACUGACAUGUCUUGUCACUUCCAGCAGAUCAAAGCCAUGAAAAGCCUCCUGCAGCAGCCUGAAGCGAUUGACAAACCAAAGGCCUUAUCUCUUCUGCUGCACACUGCUGAUAUCAGCCACCCGGCCAAACGCUGGGCGCUUCAUCACUCCUGGACCUCAUCCCUGCUGGAGGAGUUCUUCAGACAGGGCGACAAAGAAGCAGAGCUGGGUCUACCUUUCUCCCCUCUCUGUGACCGCAACUCCACCAUGGUUGCCCAGUCCCAAAUCGGGUUCAUUGACUUCAUUGUGGAGCCAACUUUUACAGUGUUGACAGAAAUGACUGAGAAGAUUGUGACACCGCUCAUUGAUGAGGCGUCUCGCUCUGGACUAGCUGGAUACAGUGACAUCAGUAUUAAUGGCAGCGAUGGAAAGAACUCCAGUGUGAAGAGUGCAGGCUCAGAGGGCUGCUGCUCUUUGGCCUCAGUGGACUUCAGGAGCUUCAAGGUCACUUGGAACAAAGAGAUUUGUCACAACAGGGAGACUUGGAAGGCACAGGCAGCCAAAGACCUGGAGAAUUCCAAGAACGAGACAGGGGAAGGUUGUAAGGAAGACAAUAAGACAGAGGUGGAGAAACAGUCAGACAGACAUGUUGACAUGUCCAAAACAAGACAGGUCAAGAUGAAAACAGAGGAGGAGGACGAAGAGGAGGGGGAGAACAAAACACCAAAGGAGGAAUUACAGCCUACAGAGGAGAAAGGAGAAAAUAAUUCAAGAAUGGCUGCAGACUCACUGUCAGGAUCGGGUCAAAAUAACGGAGACAAGAAGGCAGAGGACCACACAGAGAAUCAACAGAAUGACCUUCAGCAGGACUGCCCUCUGCUCCAUUACUGCAAGAGACCCAGCUACUGUGCCAGCUCAUACCGGUUGGUCAGGUCAAAGGUCAACAAAAUGCGGCCCAUUGAUGCUAGGGGUAAAGCCAGGAGACUCCAGCGCAUCUCCCUGCGGCGUCGGAAGUGACCCUAAAGUAUAGACUGUCUCACAUCAUGAGAUAUCAUCACAUGACAGUCUGAAUUUGUUUUCUUCAUAUUUGCAUAUUAAAGUCUAGUAUUUCAGCCAAUAUUUAGUUUAGAUUAAAUCCUCCGUCACCGUUGCUGUCUCAUUGGUAAUGUCUCUCGUUAACCCCGCCAAUGCAUGAAUUUGAUCAGCUCUUUUACGUCUCCUUUUAGUCUAAGUAUGAGUCUAUUAUAUUCUGUUUUGCAGAACAUGUUUUGUAACUUUUGCUGAAUGUCAUUUAUGUUGUGAUUUAUUCAAGUUCCUGAGGUAAUUGAUACACUGAUGUUCUAUAGUUUGAGGGUUAUACCCUAUAUUUAAAAGCUUCCCCUUUUCUUUCUGCCUGUUCUCCUUUACAGUCCAGCUGGUAUAUCGAUGUAUUUGAUGUAUUCUUACUAAUGUUUUUUGCUCAAUGCUAGAGUGGGUUUUUGUCUAUGUGUUAAGUUUAGAGCUGAAAAUACUGAACUUUUCAAACACUCUACAACAUCUGAACGAAUGUUUUGUACAUCAGUAUGUGCAGAGUUGCCAGGUUUGUGGUUAGGCUAUUUAGUUAUUUUGUUAUUUUCAGGAGGAGUAAAAGGCUGAUAUGUAGGAACCCGACCGACUGCCAUAGUCUUCUAACUGCUGCAUGGCAUCAGUAUUUAAAUAAUGUUGAUAAAUGAGCAGUGAGUAGAAGCAGUUGAAUUGAAGAAGCACUUCUUCAUCCAUCUGUCUUUUAACCAGUAGACAAGGAGUGGAGUUAUUUUCUUGAAAGCCAUUAUUUUAUUGACAUUACAGGAUUUUAAAAAAACAUGUCCCACUGAUUAGCGUACUUUCAGAAUGUCAUUUAUCAUUUUAGGCUGCUCACUGAUGUGGUGGUUAGCUGUGGCCAAGUGUCUUGGUUGGUAACUGCCGACCGGCUGGGGCUCCUCUGUGUGGAGCUUGUAUUUUCUCACCGUGCCUGUCUGUCAUGUCUACUCAAUAAGAGCUGAGGAAAGGAGAUUAUGAAUAAGUGAGGUUUGAGGAUUGUUUAAAGCAGGAAGUCCAUGCAAAGACAAAGUUAGAAGAACACUUUUGUCUGAAAUGUUCAGUAUGCUAGAACAUUGACGUAUCUCAUAAGAACUCAGAUGCCUUAAACUCAGAAGAUAAAAACAGACUCAGACCAGAAAUACACUAGAGUACAUACAGUAUAAGGGUAUUUUGUAUUUGUAUUUGUAUAUUGUAGUUUUUCUCUGACAUUGCUACCAGUUUUAAUAUGUUUUCCCAUUAUUCUAUAAUCACCACAAGAGGAAGGCAUAUUGCUCAGAUCACAGCUUAAGAUCUGACAAACCAGAAUCUUGUUGAGGGUCAAAGCCAUAUAUCUCUGAAAGAGCAGAGGUCCUUCUUUAAUCCUUAGAGCCCUAGUCAAUAAAUUACAUAAUAAAUAUUACGGACACGAUUAUUUUUAUAUGUCUAAGACUGUUGAAUGUGGUACCAAGUAAAGAUAGUGACACUGAGCAGAAUGGACUGCUUUUAUAUUCAAAACUAAGAACAGCACUUUUAAAACACUGUAAAUACAUUCAUGCUGAAAGAAGAAGCACAAUUCUACAUUUCAAGGCCCAGUCAUAUCUACUGCAAAGUCUACGCAUGAAGCAUUUGUCAAUUCAUUGUGAGGUGUGUUUGGCCGGUGAAUUAAAGUACUUAUCAUUUUGAUCUUUUUAAAAAGUUUCCUUCUUUAUCCUGAUGGUAGUGAGGGAAGUAGAAAAAGACAGAAAGAGACAAUGUGAAAAUGUUUGUGUUUGGAUGAACUUAAAACAUUUAUUGUCAACAACAUUAAAAGUUAAAUAAAGGCUUUAA